CUUUCCCCAACCGAUAAGGAUAAAUAAAUUCAUUCGCCUCUGCCUCGCAUCCCAAGCUAAAUACUAUUACUUUUCCUCCUUCUCCUCUCGAAACUCCCCUUCCCUCCUGUCUCUCUUUCCUUCCCCCAUCACAAUCGCAUCACAUCCGCCAUAACACUGCCACAAUGACUCACUCCGAGGCCGAAUUGCAGAAGCCUACGGGCGAAUACCGUCAAUACUUGCCCGAUCUCAGUCUGAAGCGCUUCCAGGUGAUGCGUACACAGGAUGCCCAUGAAUAUGCACACGAGUUCAAGACGCAACGUCAGCCUCCAUGGCUGCACGCGCUCUACAUGCACUGGCUGGACCUGCUGCAAGAGCCCUUCAAGGGUGUAACCACCGACGGAACCGUUCGCCCCGACCUGUUCAAACUCCAAGACGAAGGCAUCCCAAUUGACACAAUCGUCGAAGCCACUCAAAAUGUGCUGUCCCUGGCCGACGAAAACCAGCGCAAAGCUCUGUGCUACCACAUCGACUCCCCCGAGUGGCGGACCUGGUCCAACCCCGAAUUCCUCCUCAGCAACAAGGGAAUUCGGCUUGAUGAGAUCGACAGCAAGCUCCGCGACGCCGUCUUGAACGUCCUCAAGGUCACACUAUCUCCCGAAGGCUACGAGAAGGCCAUCGCGGCAAUGCGCAUCAACCAUUUCCUGGGCGAGCUGGUCGACGGUGUCAAGGUCAUGAACGAAUUCUCCUAUAACUUUGUCCUCUUCGGUCGUCCCUCGACCGACCGACCGUGGGGCUGGUCCUUCUACGGCCACCACCUCUGCCUGAACAUCUUCCUCUACAAGGGUCAGAUCGUCGCCUCCCCGUGGUUCACGGGCGCCGAGCCCAACGAGAUCGACUCCGGCCCGUACGCCGGCACUCGCAUCAUGCAGGUGGAGGAGGAACUAGGUCUGCGUCUCAUGCAGUCCCUGUCCCCCGAGCUCCAGCAGAAGGCGCGUGUCUACGCCGAGAUGCACGACCCGGCGAUGCCGCCCGGCCGCUGGAACCGCGACGACCAGCGCCAUGUCUGCGGUGCGUACCGGGACAACCGCGUCGUGCCCAACGAGGGUAUCCCCGCCAGCACAUUCAACGAAGAGCAGAAGAAGUUCAUGUACGGGAUCUUCGAGCAGUACCUGCUCUACCUGCCUGCCCGCGCCCGCCAGCUGAAGCUGGAUCACAUCCGCCAGUUCGAGUCCGAGACCUACUUUUGCUGGAUUGGAUCCUAUGGCAACGAGGACCCUUUCUACUACCGCUUGCAGAGCCCGGUCAUCCUGGUCGAGUUCGACCACCACUCUGGCGUGUUCCUCAACAAUGAGGAGCCCAAGAAGUUCCACAUCCACACCCUGAUGCGGACGCCGAACGCCGGUGACUACGGCAAUGCUUUGCGUGCGCAGAUCCCCGCAAUUGAGGGGUUGAAUGGGAAGGAGAUCGUGUGGGAGAAAUCUGCUCUGUGAAAUACUCGAGCCUUGUAAAUAUGAUGAAGUUAUGUGAAUAGUGUUUCUAUAGUUAUCAAUGCCGUAUAUACGAUUUCUUUCAAUGUCGG